UGUGCAGUGUGGCUGGUCGUGUACGCUGCUUCCGACUGUUAAUGUAGGCUAUUCAGAUGGAGCGUAGGGCGGUGGCCGGUGAAUGAAUGAUCAAAGCCCUUUGAAAGGUUUGGGGGGCGGUGCAUGUGCUGUAUUUACACUGGGCCGCUCCGCCCUACGACGGGAGAUAGAAAACUGUCUGUGGGCCGGUGGAGGGAUGAAACAAGUGGAGGGACAUGACGAGCGAUCGUUUGCGGUGCUGCGUCGGAGCUUCAUGGCCGCGGCACUCACGAUGAGCGGCGGCGGGCAGGAGGACCCCUUCUAUACGCUGCAGAAGGCGACCCUCCCCGCUGGAUUCUCUUUGGAGGACUCGGCGUUGUUCGGCUUGGACUGCAAGAUCGCAGGAACAGACAAGGCUGGACUAAACGACUACACACAGCACCAGGCAAAGUGUGAGAUGGACAGGUAUCUGUCCCCCCAGCCUCUUCCCCUUCCACCUCCUGCAGACAAUCAGCAGAAGUCACACAGAGACAGCGCACCUGCAGUGGACCAGUUCUUCACUGAAGAUCACGACGGGGCCCCGUACACUCUAAACAUGAAUCUUUACCUCCCUGACGCCAGCUACCUGAGGAUGGGCUUGUGCCAGCAGACGCGGCCCCCUCAGCACCAGAACCACACAGGUCUCACCCAGAUCAAAACAGAAUCUGCCUCCCCGUGUUUCUCCCCCAGUUUACAGCCGCACUGCCCCAACACUACGAGCACGAGUAGCUGCAGCACGUCAGGACAUGGCAGUAUUGCCAUGGAAACCUCGCCCAUAAACAUGACGUUAACAGGGUUACCGGACUUCACCAGUGUUUUCAACCAGUCGGGAAGCAGCCGAGGUGGCAAUUCGGUGCCAGAAGUGUUUGUCAAACAGGAAAUGUCAUCACAGUUCGAGCAGCACGCUCUCCACCACCAUGACAACAGCGGCUCGCUGUUUCAGCUCCUAAGCUCCGGCUUGGAUCAUCACCAUGGCAGUGGUAUGGAGGCUCAGCAUCUUCACCAUCAGCAGCAGCAGCAGCAGCAGCAGAUACAACAAACUUCCACUUCCACCAUCCACAUGCCUUUCCACGAUUUGCCAGUGGCUUCUUCUGCAUCUCAACAGGAGCAGUCUGCGAAGCCAACCUACUGUGGCCUCGGUGCUGGGGCAUACACUCAUCCUCAUGCUCAGUCACACCCCCAUUUCCUCCAGCAGCAGGUGCCCUACCUGCCACCCUCUCCUCCAAGCUCAGAGCCCGGUAGCCCUGACAGGCAGAAGGAGCUGCUCCACACCAUGUCCCCUCCUCCCUCAUACGCAGCCACCAUCGCUUCCAAGUUGGCAGGUAGCACGCCUGGGCUCGGACCCAUCCCAGGAGCAGGCAGCUUAACCCUCCCCCUCACUACAGGUCCCACACCGAUCCCAGGCCAAGCCGCAGUCCUUUCCCAAGCCCCUCCAACAACCCCAGCUCAGACCACAGUGCCUGUCCGCUACAACCGCAGAAACAACCCGGACUUGGAAAAACGACGGAUCCAUCACUGUGACUACCCAGGCUGCAAGAAGGUCUACACCAAGUCAUCUCAUCUGAAAGCUCACCUCCGGACUCACACGGGUGAGAAGCCGUACAGGUGCACGUGGGACAGCUGCGACUGGCGCUUUGCUCGCUCUGAUGAGCUGACGCGUCAUUACCGGAAACACACAGGCGCCAAACCCUUCCAGUGUGCCGUCUGCUCGCGCUCCUUUUCCCGAUCCGACCACCUCGCCCUGCACAUGAAGAGACACCAGAACUAGCAGCAUCUACACACACACACACACACACACACACACCAAAUACACAAGCACUAUCCUGACACACAUAAAGCUUUCACUGACACCACAGCUCCUCCUGGUGCUGCUAUCAUGUGCUAAAACGGUACGAUAGCCUAACAAACAUGUUGCUCUUAACCCAGGGUGAGACAGUUUGGAGGUUGUAAAGUAGAAAGAGAACAGCCAGAUGAAGUUCCUGGUCCCUUAACAUCCAGUCACACUUAGUGUAGAUUUCUUUCAACAAAUACAAAGAAGAAAAAUGAUAACAAAAAGAAAACAGUGGCUCCAACACAUGUUUCCAGAGCUUUUGGACUUCUGUGUGACUGGAAUGAAAGCACUUGUUAUUCUAAACCUGUACAUCUUUUGUCUCUGUUCUAACAUAGAACUGGCUUCAUUAUUAUUAUUUUAUAAAUGAGAAGCUUGUGUUUGCAUAACUAGUCAAACCAAAUCUCUGCUUAUUCCUUGGUUUCUUUAUAAAACUGGAAUAUCCUGAUUUUGUUUUUUGUUUUGUUUUACCAGAUCCUUCUGUUUGCACUAGAAUUGGUAAUCUAAUUCUGAGCCUUUUUUGGCCAAUGCAUCUCAUUCACCACUCGAAUGAUUAUCAUCACUACUGGACUGAAUUUCACAAAUCGUUGUUCAGAUAUUAAAAAUUGAAGGCAUUUAUACUCUGGAGAGAGGGAAGAUAGAGCGGGAAGAAGUGGGGGUUGCAGAUGGAGAGAAAGAUUUUUGAUUUUAUACAGAGGAGCUCAGAGGAGAACCAGAGGAAGGUGGAUGGUUGCUAAAGAGCAGCAAUUAGGUGAUGAAUUAUUCAGAUCGUCUCUUGAUGGCUUUCCAACCAGAGAUAUGUAAGCAGAACCCUCAGACGUAUCCUAGACUUCAUUCGGUUAAAGCAGAAUUGACUGUAUUUGAUGCUCAGGCUUGAAUGAUGCGUCUUCAAAAUACAAUUACUUAGAUUACAUCUAUUCCAUCCAACAUUUUACUUCUUUAACCAAAGUAUCAUCUUCACCAUCUGUCACCAUCUUAAGUGCCUCCUCCUCUGGUUUAUGUGUUUGUGUUCAGUGGUGGCAGAGCUGCGAACAGUGUAGGCAGUCCCGAAAAAAGUGGUGCUGUUUUUAUUUUUUACUAUGCUGAAUUUCUGGUCUCAGCUUGGGCGGGGGGUGGGGAAACUUGAUUUUAAAUGACAAGGUUACCCAUCAUUCACUGUAAUGUAACAACUUGGCCCAGGCCAGUUCACAGACACUAACAUUAUGUGAAACCUUUUUAUUACAGUCAGUCGCUCUCUGACUCUGUACACAACUAACUUGCAGUCGGGCUCUAUCAGGCAAUCAGAUGUGGACGUGUGUUUUGUUAAAGGACAGGUUCACAUUUUUUCAGAUCCUUCUUAAAACAACACUCACAAGGCCAUAUAUGUACUGCAGGAGUUGCUGUCUGAACAAGUAUUCCAACAUGUUUAAUAUAAAUGAUGGGAGACAAAAUCAACAGUCCUCCUCUGUGUAAAAAUGAAUAGUGAAGUACAGCUGGAAAAAAUACGAGGCUUCAUCUUUUGGCAAGUCAAAUGAUAAACGGGUAACAUUCAAAGUGAAUCUUAUCCGUUCAGAAUGCCCAGUUUUUGCUUCAGCAGCCAGUGUUUGUUGAGCUGCGGUGUGGUAUAGCACAAAGAGGAAUUUUCACUCUUUGAAAAAUGUCCCAUUGAAUUGAUUAUUGGCGUAUUGUUUAACCGUAGGUUUUCCAUGUAGGUAUGUUGUCCUCCACCAUUUGCAUUAAAAUCUCUCUCACUGGCAUUUCUUCAAACCCCCAAAAAGUUUUUUUAAUGUACACAUGGUCAUCGGUGUUUUCCUAUAAAACAGACUUGAAAGAAGUGUAAACCCGUCCUUUACUACAAUGCACACAUAAAUGCCCUUUGUGAUGGUGUGAUUUAGCCAGCACUUGUAACUGUAUUUGUUCAUUCACUGCAGGUAGCAUUAAGAUAAUAUAGCACUGUAAUGUAUCAUGGUAAUUCUGACUAUUUAUUUGACUGUGUAGAAGUCGGGGGGGCGGGGGUGUUUGUAUCAGAUCAGCAGUCUUUCUCCCCAGCAAAAAUGCCUUAAUGUAAAUAUAUGCACUGUAAAUAACUGUUGACAUUUAUGUUAGUUUUUCCCUCUUUUGUUAUGAUUUUGUAAACAAAAGGGCAAAAAGAAGAAAAUGCCCCGCGAUCCAAAAAUAUUUGAGUCUUUUUCCUUUUGGUUUUUCUGAUGCCAUUGUUUUAUAUAUUGUCCUUCCAAAAACUUAUUUUGUAAAUCCUUUAAUUGUUUGUUUGUUUGUUCUUCUGUGAUAAACGUUCCAAAGACAAAAGUUGUUUUUCUUCAACUGAGUGAAGCCAAUUCAAUAAAGUUAACUGACACUUUUACUGAUUUGCUCUUAUACUGA